CGGAAGUGGAGGUCUCCGUGGAGACUGUUCCGACGCGUUGCUAUGGCUCCAUGGCGGGGCGUAGCCGCCCAGGAUGGAGCAGGUCCCGGAGGAGGAGAGGUCCGGGGGGCCAGGGCCUGAGCCCGGAUCCGAGCCCGAAGAGUCCGAGUCCGAGUCCCAGCCUGGCCCGGCCUGCCUCGCCUGGAGCCCCGUGGAGGUGGCUGAGUGGGUUCGGCAGCUGGGCUUCCCCCAGUACGAGGAGUGCUUUACAACUAACUGCAUCACUGGCCGCAAACUCAUCCAUGUUAACUGCUCAAACCUGCCACAGAUGGGCAUAACAGACUUUGACCACAUGAAGGAGAUUUCAUGGCAUGUGCGAGAGCUGCUGGGGAUUGAGGAGCCUCUCUGGAGCAGAAGCAUUGCCCUCCCGUACAGGGACAACGUGGGCUUGUUUUUAGAGCACAAAGCCCCAACUGGUGCAAAAGCUGAUGCCCUCACCUUCUCUCAGUUUGUCCAAGAAGCAGGAUUAGAGCCAUAUGCUACAAUUUCACAGCAGUCUGGGCUUUUUACAAAGGUGGAAGCAGACGCCCUUACCUUCUUUGUUCAAGAAGCUACAAUUCCAUCCUCUCUGGAUUAAAGAAAGGUGCAUUGAUACUCUGAUUUGUUUAGUGCUGACAGUAUGCUCAGCCAUGUACAGUUCCUCCCUUGAACACGUUUGCCAUUUAAACUUUUACUCCUAAAGACACCCCUAUGGGAUAUUGCCAGGCGCUGAACUCCUUAGUGCAGUUACAUUAUCCUAUACUGAAAGGUUCCCUUUCUCCCCAUUGCAGGAGCUCUGUGUGGCUCAGUCAUGUCUGAACUGCUGCUACUUCACAUGUUAUCACCAAGACCAGAGAUCAAUCUUAAUCACCUUUCAUUGACACCCACUUUCCUCGAACCCAGGUGAUAGAUUAUAAGGUUUUUCCCCAAACUCUAGUCUUUGCCCUUACAGAUCCGGCUGAUCUCGUUCACUACUCCACACACAGAAAUAAGUUUAAAGAGUUAAGUGAUGUAUGUAAUAAUUGCCUUAUGAUAUAGUGCCUUAUGUUGUAAAGAAUCUCAGGGUGCUUUACAAACUAUAUAAUGCAGAAAGAAAAGGAGUACUUGUGGCACCUUAGAGACUAACAAAUUUAUUUGAGCAUAAGCUUUUGUGAUGCAUCCGAUGAAUUGAGCUGUAGCUCACGAAAGCUUAUGCUCAAAUAAAUUUGUUAGUCUCUAAGGUGCCACAAGUACUCCUUUUCUUUUUGCGAAUACAGACUAACACGGCUGCUACUCUGAAACCUAUAUAAUGCAGGAAUCCCUUUCCUCAUCACAGAAAUAGUUACUUUUGAGAUAGAAUAGAUAUUUUUAUUAAUUGAACAACAGGUUAGAUUAGGACAGGAAGUGUAGAAGAACAUUUUAUCCAACUGAAACUGAAGAAAGAAUUUAAGGAGGAAGCACUGAAUUGCCCUAGAUGGAAUUUGGCCAGGACUCCAGGGCUAAGACCCUUAUUCUUGAGAGAAGAAUCAUGCAAUCUUUUACAUGGUUAGGGUUUUGGUUUUACAUUUCAUCCUACACUUUUAGGUCUCAUCAGCAUUUUCAGCAGCAAGGCAUCUCCUGGCACUAUGAUUAAGUGGUGGUUCAAUCCUGACUGAAAGGCAAAAAUACUUCCUACCGAAUCAUCACUACCAUUUUCUGCAGCAGCAGCAGGGAUUUCAUUGAUCCCCAGUCCAAAUACCGAACCGGCACAAUCCUCUUUAGUGUGUGAGAUCUUAUUAGUUCAAAACCCAAUGUGGUGGGACUGCAACCACUGUAAGGCUGCUCUCCUGCUUACCUAUCAAAAAUGCUACAGAAAACAAAUGUGUCCAACAGUUUGAAUUGAGGUCUUAGGACAAAAUGCCAUUUUAAUAAGUGAGCUUGGAUUGAAAUAAAGCAGUUAUCUGGCAGAGUGCUAACUUCCCAGGCAAGCAGGUUUAAUAGAAAACCAAAACAAACUCUUAGAAAUAAAUAAAAACAUGCACUGAUUAGCGGAAUCUGCAGUGUUACUCUAAACAUUUAAAAGAGCAAGCAGCGCAAAUUCCCACUUUUUCCCCACCUCGCUGUGGGACAGAUAGUCAUCACUGUUAGGUUCCAGGACUGUUCAGUAACAGCCAUGCUUGUUGGCUCACUGUGUCCAGUACUUUGUUGAACGGUGACCCUUUCCAGAGAGAGAACUCAGAGCUAACACAUGUAAAAGUCAGAGACCCCAAAGAUUUUAGCGGUAGCCAACUCACAUUCUGUGAGGAUGUUACCAAGUGGUCACAAGUUAGGAGAGAUUGCAGAUGCAUACAAGUUGGGAAGCUUGCCUGUACUUGAGAAUUAUGAGUCAGGAACGCUAUUCACUUUCACUGUUUAAUUUGCCCACUACUUUGCAGUUUGCUUGUGCUGUGGGUGAUAGUCAGGUAAAGGUUUACAUGCCAUUCCAGCUUUAUCCUUUCCACUGCAGGAUAAAGUCCUCACUGUACAUUCCUCCACCACACAUAACCAUAUGGAUCCUGCAAUGGGAACUGGUAGGAAAGGGGUCUUAAUCUCUGUCACAGUUCUCUUCAGCAUUAAACCUUAGCAAAGCAGUUCCAUCCCAGGAAGUUUGGAAUCACACUGUGGUUAUACUGUAUGAAGCUUCAGAAUCAGUGUUAGGAACAUCCCCUGGGUCUUCUGUCCAAGUCACAUCAAUAGCAGUUGUGGGUGGACAUUGACUCAUGACCCAGCACCAUACGGGGAUCUGCUGUGGCAGGAAGAGAAGAAAUUCUGCUGGCCAUCCCUCCACUCUUUGCAAGCAAAACUCCAAAGGAGGUACAGUAAAACAAAGUAAGAUGGUUCUGGAGAAGCACACUCCUUGCUAGAAGCUGACUGAAGGGAGACUCCUUCAUUUGUACAGUUGUCAGGUCAAACCAGGGGAAGGUGCUGGGAAGAGAAAACAGGGUGUAUUAUUUAUGGGCAACAGCUAUCGGUUCCAUACCUGUGAUUUAACAAGAUGGCUUUCUUUGGUCUUAAGUCCUCUGUCUUAGCCCAUUGAGAAAGCUAUGUGAUUCAGAACCUUGAGUUCUUUGGACAAAGCCAGAACCACCCACAAUGAGCAAAACUCACUCUGGUAUUAAUGGGAUGAUCUUGAACAAACUGGCCUACUGCAUCCAGUAGUAUACCGAUAAACAAACACAUCCAUCAGACCAGCCCCAAAGCAAGAGUGUCAGUGCCUUGCCAUUGGAUCUUCUUCCACUAUCCAUAAGAACCGUCCGCUUCAGGAUGAUCCUCCAGCUAUCUCUAUACAUGUUUGUACUAUGCCCAUCACACUGCACUACAACUAAUCAAACAACUAAUCAAACAAUAAUGCAGAAAACAGAAUUAGUGGGGAGGGAUGGUUCAAGAAUUGGUAAUGAGUUCUCUAGUACUCAGUUCAAAUCAAGCCUUCAUUGGGUAGUGACCAAAAGCAUUAUCACAUGUGACCCAGGGAUCUCUUGGUGCCCACUGACAGAGGGUACAGGGGGAACACACAAGGUUUUACACAGGUUCCUUGGAGUGGAUAACUGCAUAAUAUGCCAGAAGGGUUCACCGAAGGGUGGCAUAUGAGGUCUCUACCAAGAGCCUGUAGCCCACUGGGCAACAUAAUCAUUGUGAAAUGUAUGUACAGAUAAUAUUUAAGGAGUUAUGUAUCUAUACUGAAAAUUAUGUUCUUCAGGUUUGGGAGUUAAGGCAGGUUACCAGGUGGUGAGAAACCUCUGACAUGUUCCUUCCAGACAGGAGAUAAUAGAUGUUUAUCUCUCUGUCUGGCCACACUGAGCCAGCUGCCGCAUGAGAAAGAGAGAGAGAGAGAAAAAAAUCUAUAGGAAAAAAACAAUGAGCAAGAGGGUGUCCUGUCUGUGAAUGAAGACAAAGCAUCAGACUGGUAUAUCUUGUGGGGGCAAAGAGACACACAGGUUUCUUCAUGUAGAAGGCAAGCUAACAGUGUUUUUGUCUUAUGAAAAGGGCGGGGGCGGGGGGGUGUCACAGCCAGCCUGGCUGUAAAGCACUGUGAGAAGGAUUUUGGGGUAAGCAACAUUCUACAAGACAUGAGAAUAUCUUGCUAAUUAUCUCUAGGCUCUAGAAUCCAUGUUAUAAUUUUAUUUUAUAUGUAAUCAUUUGUUUUCAAUAUUUCUACUUGCUAUUACUCGAAUCUCUAUGUUUUGUUAAAUAAAGUGAGAUUUGUUUAUAAUGAAAUCAA